CUAAAGUCUUCCCUUCAAUUAUUUAACACCAAAAAUCAAUAUCUCAUAAAAUAUAAUCCUUAAUUUCUCCCUCAUUUUUUUUUUUUAUCUGAUAUCCAUUUCUUUCCUCUUAUUUUUCUACUUCAAGAAAUCUGCAGUGUUCUUAAAGAUAUAUAUUGGAUCUGAAAUUCAUUUCUCUGCUCAUUCACUCUUAGAUCAGAGCAAUUCAAGGUUCCAAGAGAUAAAAAAAGAUGCCAAACAUCUAUGAGAUUGAUAAUGAUAAAGUUGUGGGUUUUGAGAAGGAAGCACAAACAAUCAUAAAUCAACUUAUUCAUGGUUCAAAGGAGAGAGAAGUUGCUUUAAUUACUGGUAUGGGCGGAUUGGGAAAGACAACUUUAACGAGGAGAGUGUAUAAAGAAAAAAAAUAUAGUCAACCACUUUGACAAGCGUGCGUGGUGUACUGUUUCUCAAGAAUAUGAUUGCAAGGACUUGUUGAACAAAAUAUAUAGUCAAGUAUGUGGUAGGGAGAUAAAGAUGGGCAGUAGUGUAUCUGAAGAGCUUCACAAAAGUUUGAUGGGAAUGAGAUACCUCAUAGUGUUGGAUGAUAUUUGGAGUCUCAAAGCAUGGGAAGAGUUGAAUAGAGCUUUUCCCUCAUGUGACAAUGGAAGUAGAGUUGUUAUAACAAGCAGACAAGAAAGUGUAGUUUCUGAUGCUAGACAUAUUUGCCUUCCAUUCUUCACUAUUGAUGAGAGCUGGGAAUUAUUGCAAGUGAAGUUAUUUAAAGGGAAGGCAUGUCCUAAAGAACUUGAAAAUAUUGGAAAAGAAAUAUCUAAAAAGUGUGGGAGACUACCUUUGGUAGUUGGUUUGGUAGCCGGGCUCCUGAGAGAAGUUGAAAAGAGUGAGCAAAUGUGGCAAGAAGUUCUUAAUACUUUAAGCUCACAAAUUGCAUUUAGUGGCAGAAUACAGAGUAGUGAUGCAAUAGAACUUAGUUACAAUCAUUUACCAGAUCAUUUGAGACCAUGCUUACUUUACUUUGCAACAAUCCCAGAGGAUAAAAUAAUUGUAGCUUCGAAAUUGAUAAAUCUAUGGAUAUCUGAAGGAUUCAUAGACAUUAUAGAAAAAGAGAGAGUAGAAGACGCUGCAGGGGAUUGCUUGAAUCAUCUGGUGGGUAGUAACCUAGUUAUGGUGUCUGAAAGAAAGUAUGAUGGUCACAUCUUAUCAUGUGGUGUUCAUGAUUUGGUAUGUGACUUUUGCUUAACAAAAGCUAAAGAUGAAAAUUUCUUGCACAUAAUUAAGAAGGAAAAUGUGUUCGAUGACUUGGAUCCAACUCUAAAGUUGACUCCACGUCGAAUAUCUUUACAUAUAUGUAGUGCUUAUGAUGGGAUUCCGAAUGAAUUGGUAUCUUUGGAAUUUUUCUAUCCGCACACUUUUGUGUUUUAGAUAUUCUAGUUACAC